ACUGUCCUCUGCUCUGUUUCUUCUGUCUCUACCACUGAAAGCAAAGAAAAAAUGGCAACGGAGAUGGCCCUUGUAAAGCCUAUCUCCAAAUUCGGUACAAGCAGUCCAAUUUUUAGCAACUCCCGAUAUGGGAAGUUCACCACCGUCAGAAUGUCAUCUACUUCCCAGUCAACAGCAAAGGCCGCCGCGAAGGGUGGCAAGAAAGCUGCCAAAACCGCCAUCAAAGAGACCCUUUUGACACCAAGGUUUUACACCACCGACUUUGAUGAAAUGGAGGCGCUUUUCAACACUGAGAUUAACAAGAACCUUAACCAGUCCGAGUUUGAGGCACUGCUGCAAGAGUUCAAGACUGAUUACAAUCAGACUCAUUUUGUAAGGAACAAGGAGUUCAAAGAAGCUGCUGAUAAGAUUGAUGGUCCUUUGAGACAAAUCUUCGUUGAGUUCUUGGAGAGGUCUUGUACUGCUGAGUUCUCUGGUUUUCUCCUCUACAAAGAACUUGGAAGGAGGCUCAAGAAAACCAAUCCAGUUGUGGCUGAGAUUUUCUCUCUUAUGUCAAGGGAUGAAGCCAGGCAUGCCGGGUUUCUUAACAAGGGUUUAUCCGAUUUCAAUUUGGCAUUAGACCUUGGCUUCUUGACAAAAGCUAGGAAGUACACUUUUUUCAAGCCAAAGUUCAUUUUCUAUGCCACUUAUUUAUCUGAGAAAAUUGGGUACUGGAGAUACAUUACUAUCUACAGGCAUCUGAAAGAAAACCCAGAGUACCAAUGUUAUCCUAUUUUCAAGUAUUUUGAGAACUGGUGUCAGGAUGAAAACCGUCACGGCGACUUCUUCUCUGCAUUGCUCAAGGCACAACCUCAAUUCCUUAAUGAUUGGAAGGCUAAGCUAUGGUCUAGAUUUUUCUGCCUCUCGGUGUAUGUUACUAUGUACCUCAACGACUGCCAGCGCACUGCUUUCUAUGAGGGCAUUGGACUCGACACCAAAGAAUUUGACAUGCAUGUCAUCAUUGAGACAAACCGCACAACAGCCAGGAUUUUCCCUGCUGUGCUGGAUGUGGAGAAUCCAGAGUUCAAGAGGAGGUUGGACAAAAUGGUUGAGAUCAAUGAACAGUUGCUUGCUGUUGGGGAGACCUCUGAUAUUCCAUUGGUGAAGAACUUGAAGAGGAUUCCAUUAAUUGCAGCAUUGGCUUCAGAGCUCCUAGCUACGUAUCUGAUGCCGCCGAUCGAAUCUGGAUCUGUUGAUUUUGCUGAAUUUGAACCACAACUUGUGUACUAGAAUGUUUCUUUUGUAGGAUUUCCAUUUUUUGGUGUGGUACAUUUUCAGCUUUAGUCAUGCUGCCUGUCAAGUUAUAUGAUCUCAAGUUUUAGCAAAUGAAACUGAAACAAUUUUAGCGCCGAA